GCUCAUCUCCAGCAAAACAGCUGAUCUCAUUUUGUUGACAAAAAUUGUUUUUCCCAGAAAUUGUUUAAAAAUGCUAACUUCCAUGGUUAAAGAACACCACAAGGAGCAGGUGAAGCGAAAGCAAGAGCAGGAGGUGCGUAGAAAGGAGGCUAUUGAAGCCUCUAAUGAGCUCACCCAGUCCCUGGUAGACACCCUGAAUGUGGGGGUAGCCCAGGCCUAUCUGAACCAGAAGCGCCUAGAUGCCGAGGCCAAGCAGCUUCAUAUGGGAGCCACCAAUUUCGCCAAGCAGACGCAUCAGUGGCUCCAGCUUAUUGACAACUUCAGCAGCGCCCUGAAGGAGCUGGGCGAUGUGGAAAACUGGGCCCGGAGCAUUGAGGGAGAUAUGCAUGUGAUAAAUCAGAGCCUGGAGCUAGCUUACAAGGCAUCGCGAGCAACCCAGGCUACGGGAGUAGCAGCAGCAGCUGGCGCAGAGGCCUCCACUUCUGCGGGGAAAUAAUAACCAUAAGCUAUAUUAAGUUUUUUCAAUUAAAAACUAGUUUUCAUUAAUUUUAUUUUAAACUUAAAUUGAAGAUUUUGCUUUUCUUAAUUAUGGAUUCAUUGUCCCUUGACCAAAGCCUAAUAAAAGUCUCUCUAAAUUACCAACAA